GAAUCCGAUUGGCGAUUUUUUUCUGACAACAUCAUGCAGGGUCUCCCCACCCCACCCACCGUUUUUUGUUUGUUUGUUUUUGUGUGUUUUUUAAAACCUUUUUAGAGCCAAGUCGGUCGUUAAGACGCCCGCGGUGUUGUGGCAAGCGAUUUAGCGGCGCGUGCCGCUCUCCUGGGGGAAAGACGGCGAUUGGAGGGGAGGAGGUGACGUUGCUAAAGUGAAGCCCGCAGCUGCUUCCAGAUUUGUUGGAUGGUUCGUCCUUGUGCCCGCGCUGAUGGGAUUUAACAGUCUACCUUCCCUUCUCCCAAAGUCCAAGCAUUGCUAGAGGAGCUUCGAGUCAAUAUUACCUGUUGGGCUUUUCAGGAAGGAUAAUUUAAGACCUCUGAUGAGCUUGCAGCAUCCCAAGUACUUUCUCUCCAAAGAGAUUUUAUGUUUCUGCUCCUGAAAAGCAAAUCAGCUUCCUAGAAACUUUAUAUGAAAUUCCAAUAAGAUUCUAAAAUGACAACAGAUAUCAAGAAUAAUGCCUUUGAAGAUGCCAGUAUAAUGGAGCACAUCCUGAUAGACCAAAGUUCAUUACCUCCUAUAGUUGCUGAAUAUGAUAAAAAUCUUGGGGAAAUGAAUGAACAACUAAAAUACUGCCAGAUGCAGAUGAAAGAAAUGAGGCUAAAACUUGAGCAAGUCAUCAAAGAAAAUGAAAGAUUGCAUGAAGAGUUAAAAGAAGCAAUUGAAAGGCAAUUGGAAGUUCUGCCAUCUGGUUCUGUUUCAAGGGAUGCUACAUUUAUGGAUGAAAACCUAAUAAGAAACCUUCAAGAACAGUUGCAACUAGCAAAUAAAGAAAAGGAACAUGUCCUAGAACUUUGGCAGAUGGUAUCACAAGAAUUGGAGCGACUUCAACAGAUAUACCAGGAGCACAUGACAGAAGCACAAAUUCAUAUCGUGGAAAGGCAGAAGCAAAAAGAUCAGUUGUCAAGUUUUCAACAGCUAACAAAACAACUGCAUUUUGCUAAUGAAAAAACUGAGUCAAUUAAUCAGGUAUUUCUGAAAACUGUAAUGGAACAAAAUGUAGAGCUGGAACAGCUGCACAAGCAACAAAGACAAUCCAAACUGAAUUUGAGAACAACAGUUGCAAAAGCUGAUGAAAUGAUGAGACUCAUUGAGGAUCUUCGCAGCCAAUUAAACAGAAAGGAAGAAGAGGUCCUAGCUGCUCGGGAAAAAGAGGAAGCAUCAGAUAAACGCUUGCAAGAAUUGCAGUCAAGCAUAAAACAAUUAGAGACAAGUCAAUUGGUCCCUGUUCCACUGUGCAGACUUUGUAUAGCUACAAAAGAUUCCAAACAGCUAAGAUCAGAAAGAACAAAUCUUGAAAAAAAAAUUCAGGAGCUGCAAACGAAGUGUGUGAAUAUAGAAGAAGAGAAGUAUGAUGCUGUAGCAAAGGUCCGAGAUAGCAUGCAACUCAUAGAAGAAGCUAAUCUCCAGAAGAGUCAGGCAAUGCUAUCAGAGAAACAAAAAGAAGAGGAAAUUGAAAAUAUGAAACAAGCAGUUUCUCAGCUGCUUCAGGAUGCUGCUUUAAGAACUAGGAAAGAAGUGGAAAAUGAGAGGAAACGAUACAAUAUUCAAAUUUCACGCUUAACAGAAGAACUUACUGCACUUCAGAUGGAAUGUGGAGAAAAGCAAAGCCAACUAGAACGAGCUAUUAGAGAAAAGCGAGCAGUUGAAGAAGAACUAGAGAAGGUAUACCGUGAAGGUAGAGGAAAUGAAGCUGAUUAUAGAAAACUAGAAGAGCUUUACCAGAGAUGUCUGAAUGCUGAACGUACAAAAGAUGACCUUUAUGUUAGUUUGCAAACAGCACAAAACAAAAUUAAGCAACUGGAACUGAAAUAUGAAGAAGAGAGAUGCCGUUGUCAAAAAAAUAUGUGCAAGCUGCAAAGUAUUCUGGAUUCUGAAAGGGAGAAAAGUGGAACUAUAAGUGAAGAGCGCUUAAAGCUGCAACAAGGGAAUGAACAGCUUCAAAAAGAAAUGGAAACCUUGAAAAAGCUCACAAUGGAAGCACAACACACUGCAAAAUUAAAGAUAAGUACAAUGGAGAAUGAACAUUUAUUAAAAGAAUAUGGGUUUGAAAUUCGAUUGAAAGAGAUGGAAGAUGUAAAUCAAAACUCAGUAACUGAGCUUAGACGCCUGUUGAUAGUUCAACAAAAAGCAACAAAUCGCUGGAAGGAAGAAACAAAGAAAAUAACAGAAAUAACUGAAUCCAGAAUAAAUACUCUAAAAACCGAGCUGGGUCGUCAAAAGCUUCACACCCAGGAUUUAUUUUACCAACUGGAAAGAGCAAAUGAAAAGGUUAUUGAGAGCGAAAAAUUAAUGAGGGAAUAUCAAGAAAAAGUCAACAGACUUCAAAAUCGACUAAAUCAAGCAGAAGAGAGGGCAACUACAGCAUCUCAACAGCUCAGCGCCAUAACAUUGCAGAAGAAAAAGGCCACCUACUUGAUAGAGCAAAAAGAAAUGUGAAGUAAUAUGUCCUUUCAUAGUCUUGAAUGACUUAACGACAUGCCCAUUUGUUUUCGGAAGAAAGCCGAAUGCCAUUUCAAAUCCUCUAUCUUAGGUGCAUCUGGGCCCAAUGGUGAACUGUUGAAGAGCACCAAAUUUUCCAUCGAGGAGAAAGAGGAAGGCAUACCUGGAGAGACACCAAUAAACAUGUUAAAGUUGUUCUAAAAUUACUCAUCCUGUAUUUACCUUCAGUAAAAACUUCCAUUAGUUGUACUAAAUUCUUACUGGAAUGAAUGGAAUUUAAAAAUGAAUUUAAUCCAA